AUGUCUACCGCCCAUCAGCCUACCAAGGAGCCUCUUAUCCCAGGAACGUCCCUGAGGAGCGAUUCUGGGUGCAGCUACAAGAUCGAAGAAACUCUGAUUGAACGAAGAAAGCCUCUGCUAUGCGUGUACCGUGCAAGUCCGAGAUUGCCAUCCAAAAAGGCAAGGAUCGAAGUGCUGCGCUGUGCUCUUCGGGGUCUGCACGAUAUGCACAAAGAAAACAUUGCGCAUAACGACGUCAAAGCCGACAAUAUCAUGAUCGACUACGAAGAGAAUGCGCCUGGCCAUAUGGACAUCAAAAGUGUCCAGAUUGCAGACCUGGAAGACACUGUCCUCUUGCCGGUCGGAAAUUGGAUCAAGGGUACUAUGUGUGGAAACGCGAUCUGGAGGAGCCCUGAGAGCUGGUGCAGGGCACGCCAGAAUAUCAGUUCAGAUAUCUUCUCCUUUGGGAUUGUGAUGAUAUACGUUAUGGCUGACGAAAUGGUGUUCCGUGUCGGUAAGGAUAAGCUGGAGGCAGAGGACUCGUGGCAUCACGUCCUCCGUCGACAUGUAUCCUAUUUUGCGGAUGAAGACGGUCUGAACGGGUUCCUGAAACAUAUCGGAAAGGAAAACCCGUUCUAUGAGCGCUUUGUGGCCCUCGCGAGCAGCUUCGGUCCAGGGGAAGGCAGACAGCCCUUUCAGACUUGGAACUAUAUCGAUCCAGACCUGAGAGAUCUAGUGGGCAAGAUGACCAGCCUAGACCCGGUAAGGAGGAUCACUGCAGGAGAGGCCCUGGAGCAUCGGUGGUUCAGGCAGGCUGAUUGA